GGCAGUCUUCAGAGCCCACGUGUUCGACAAGCAUGGCGGAGAGGGAGAGUAUGGACGUCGCUGAGCCUCCGGCUCCGGGAGAGGCCCCGAAGAGUGGCGCCCGGCCUGCCGACCGUCAUGGCCUUCUCAAGCACAGCCGCGAGUUUUUGGAUUUCUUCUGGGACAUUGCGAAGCCGCAGCAGGAGACGCGGCUUGAGGCCACGGAGAAGCUGCUGGAGUGUCUGCGCGCAAGGCCAGAGGGAUCAUCCGAGCUGAAGUACGCCCUGAAGCGCCUAAUCACUGGGCUCGGGGUCGGACGAGAAACAGCCCGGCCCUGCUACAGUCUGGCCCUGGCGCAGCUGUUACAGUCUUUUGAAGACAUCCCCUUGUGCAGCAUCCUGCAGCAGAUACAAGAGAAAUAUGACCUGCAGAAGGUUAAGAAGGGGAUGGUGAGACCUGCCCUCUUUGGAAACCUGUUUGGGGUGCUAGCCCUCUUUCAGUCAGGCAGGCUGGUGAAGGACUCAGAGGCACUGAUGCAGUCGGUGAAGCUGCUGCAAGUCCUGGGCCAGCACUACAGCCACUUGCAAGAGCAGCCCCAGAAGGCCCUGGUGGACAUCCUCUCGCAGGUCCCAGAGGCCAUGUUGCAGGAGGUCCUGCCGAAAGUCCUCAAGCCCGACUUGAGUUCAGUACUUGGUUCCCCUGAGCACCUGGAGCUCUUCCUCUUGGCCCAGCAGAAGGUGCCCACGAAGCUGGAGAAGCUGAUGGGACCCGUCAACCUGUUCUCAGAUGAGAGCAUCCCCAGGCUGGUGACUGUGCUGAAGAUGGCGGCCACCUCUGUGAAGAAGGAACGCAAGCUGCCUGCCGUGGCUUUGGACCUGCUCCGCCUGGCGCUCCAGGAGGACAGCUUCCCACGGUUCUGGAAGGAAGUUGUGGAACAAGGGCUCCUGAAGAAGCAGUUCUGGCCGGCCAGCUACCUGUGUUUCCGCCUGCUGGGCGCGGCCCUGCCCCUGCUGUCCAAGGAGCAGCUGCAGCUGGUGAUGCAGGGGGACCUGAUCCGCCAUUACGGGGAGCACAUGGUCACUGCUAAGCUCCCGAGCCAGUUCAAGUUUGCUCCGGAGAUGAACGAGUACGUGGGGGCCUUCCUGAAAGGCUGCCAGGAUGACCCCGAGCGGCAGUUGGCCCUGGUGGUGGGCUUCACAUCCGUCACCAACCAGGGCCUCCCCGUCGUGCCUACCUUCUGGCGGGUCAUGCAGUUCCUGAGUCCCCCCGCCCUCAAGGGCUACGUGGCCUGGCUGCGGGACAUGUUUCUCCAGCCCAACCUGGACUCCUUGGUGGACUUCAGCACCAACAACCAGAAGAAAGCCCAGGACACUUUGUUCCACGGGACGGGGCAAGGGGGCACCGUUUUCGCCGUCUCUAAACGGCUUCCGGACUUGCCUCCUGCCCCCAGGCCUGAGCGAGCCGUGUUCCGGCUACGGAAGUGGAUCAUUCUCCGCCUGGUCAGCCUCGUGGACAACUUGCACGCGGAGAAGGAGGAGGCCUUGAUUGAGGAGGUGGCCAGGUUUUGUUUUUUCCACUCAUUCUUCGAGACAAAGAAGCCCACGUCCCAGAUCCCUGAGACCGAGCAGCACUUCUCUCACCCCCUGGACAGCCGGACCCGGGAGGUGGUGGGCAGUGCCUUCUUCAGCCUGCUGCAGACUCUCAGCACGCAGUUCCGGCAGGCGCCGGGGCAGACGCAGGACGGGCAGCCCUGGACCUACCACCUGGUGCAGUUCGCAGACCUGCUGUUGAGCCACAGCCGCAACGUGGUUCCCCUGGUGGCCUUCACCACGCAGCAGCGCCAGGCCUGGGACCGGACGCUGAAGACUCUGAAAGAACUGGAGGCCCAGUCCUCAGAGGCCAAGGCCGCUGCCUUCCAGCACCUGCUACUCCUGGUGGGCAUACACCUCUUCAAGUCCCCCACAGAGAGCUGUGACCUCCUGGGCGACAUCCAGACCUGCAUCAAAAAGAGCCUGGGGGAGAAGCCCCGUCGGACCCGCUCCAAGGCUACCAACCCGCAGGAGCCGCCGUGGGUGGAGGUGCUGGUGGAGAUCCUGCUGGCCCUCUUGGCCCAGCCCAGCCACCUCAUGCGCCAGGUGGCCCGAAGUGUGUUCGGCCACAUCUGCUCCCACCUGACUCCACGUGCCCUGCAGCUCAUCCUGGAUGUGCUGAACCCCGAGGAGAGCCAGGAUGAGGACGACAGCGUGGUGGUUACAGACGACUCCGAGCAGCAGCCACUGGGGGAUGCAGAGGACAAGAGCUCGGACGACGGUGAGGGCAAGGGCGCCAAAGACUCGGAGAGCGAGGAGGAGAGCAACGACGAGGAGAGCGACGAGGAGGAUCGGGACGGGGACGUGGACCAGGGCUUCCGGGAGCAGCUGAUGGCGGUGCUGCAGGCGGGGAAGGCGCUGGGCGGAGCUGACGGUGGGGACGACGACGAGCUGGGGGAUGAGGCCAUGAUGGCCCUGGACAAGAGCUUGGCCAGCCUCUUUGCCGAGCAGAAGCUGCGCAUCCAGGCCCGGAGGGACGAGAAGAACAAGCUACAGAAGGAGAAGGCACUCCGGCGGGACUUCCAGAUCAGGGUCCUGGACCUGAUCGAGGUGCUGGUGACCCGGCAGCCCGAGAACCCCCUGGUCCUGGAGCUGCUCGAGCCGCUGCUGCACGUGAUCCGGCGCAGCAUGCGCACCAGCAGCACGAAGCAGGAGCAGGAUCUGCUGCGCAAGACGGCCCGCAUCUUCACACACCACCUGUGCCGCUCCCGGCAUUACUGCCGCAACGUGGGCGACCGCGUGGAGACUCUGUACGCCCGGCUGGAGAGGCUGGCGCAGCAGGCCGGUCGCCAGGCUGACUCCUCCGUCUCCCUCUACUACUUCAACGCCUCCCUCUACCUGCUCCGGGUCCUGAAGGGCAACACUGUGGGCAAGUCCACCUGCAAGGCCCAGAAGAAGGAGAAAGCCGGCACUGACGCCGGCACCCAGCCCCAGGGCCCAGAGGCUGCCAGCUGCUUGGAUUUGAGCCUCGUGACCCCGCUCUACUCAUCGGCGCUGAGCUCCUUCCUGACCAGGCGCAGCAGCCCGCUCACAGCUCCCAUGUUCCUCAGCCUCUUCUCCCGGCACCCGAUGCUCUGUAAGAGCCUGCUCCCCAUCGUGGUCGAGCACGUGGCAAGCCACACGCGGCCCCGCCAUCAGGCCCAGGCCUGCCUGCUGCUCCAGAAGACCCUGCCCACGCGGGAGCUGAGGCUGUGCUUUAAGGACCCCGAGUGGAAGCAGCUGCUGGACCAGAUCCUGGCGAAGGUCACUGAGACCCUGCGGACGCUGGGUGAGGCCGAGACCAAGCCAGGGCACCAGAAGGAGCUGUCCUCCCUGGAGCUGCUGAACACGGUCUUCAGGAGCAUCCAGCACGAGAAGCUGACGAUGGACCUGACCGCCGUCCUAGGCGUGCUGCAGAGCCAACAGCCGAGGCUGCAGCAGGGGCUGCAGCAGGGGGCGCACUCGGCCGGGUCCAGCCGCCUCUAUGACCUCUAUUGGCAGGCCAUGAAGUUCCUCGGAGUCCAGCGUCCCAAGUCAGAGAAGAAAGAUGCCAAGGAAGUCCCUAAGGCCACGCCGAGCCCCAUUAGCAUGAAGCGGAAGAAAAAGGGGUUCUUGCCAGAGACCAAGAAGCGUAAGAAACGCAAGUCUGAGGGCGCCACGCAGGAGGAGGCGGCCAAGCCCACAGCCGCCGGUGGGGCCCAGACCCCCAGCACUGGCAAGAGGAAUAGGAAGAGGAAGAGCAAGAGCAAGGCCCCAGCCCAGGCCCAGGUGAAUGGGAUGCCUGCCUCCAAGAGUCCGACCCCAGACCCCCCUGCCACGAGCCCCAGCAGCCCCGCCACGACCCCAAAGCCGCAGAAGAAAACUCAGAAGCUGUCCCAGGUGAGCAGAGCCACCCCCGUGUCUCCCGAGUCCCCCAAGGAGCCUGCUGCCAAAAAGCGUCAGAAGAAUCUGCCCCAAAAGGGGGUUUCAGGCAAGUCGCCGCAGUCCGCACUGCCCAGGAGAAAGGCCAGAUUGUCUUUGGCCAGCAGGAGCCCCACCCUCCUUCAGAGCGGGGCCAAGAAGAAGGGGCAGCUGAGGAAGGCGAAAAAGCUGUGAGUGUCCCCGUCUGCCCUAGAGACUCCUAUUUUUUCACCGCGAUUUUAAUACACAAGCCACCGUCUGAGGUUCUACUUUCUGCGCCGGGGGUGGUGGGUCUGCUGCCAGCCUGCCAGGAGGUCCCGCCCCAGCCACCCCCAGCCCUGGGCUGGGCCCUGCCGCUGCUCUCAGGCACAGAGCACGCUUGGGACCUUGGCUCCCCAAGCGGUGUGGGCCAGGCCCAGGGCUCUGGUGUCUGGCGGGUGGGGUACAAGUGUGACCACGCCUCGUACCCCCCAGGCUGCUUUCCUGCGGGAGCCACCGGGGCAUGACUUAAAUAUCUUUAUUUCUUCAUUUACAAGAGGAAUAUAUUUGGCUUCUCUUUUAAGACUCUGAGAUUCACAAUCAGCAGCUCUAAAAAAUAAAGGAGCAGUUUGGCUUCCGGAAGGAAGAGGAAGCAACACUUGGA